AUGCUCUACAAACACCAGAUCUGGAACAAAAUUCGAAUACUAGAGCUCAAUAGAAGAACACUGGGGGGAGCAUCUAGCUCAGGAGUUUCAAAGAAGCUGGAUCUCACAACACCCCCAGCAACUGCAUCAAAAGUGCAAUUGGAGGAAAAAACACAGGAUCGAGCUCUGCAUGCUACAGUAACUAAUGCAACAGUAACAAUUGAGAAGGCAGAUCAAGGAGCGACGAUUCCUGCUUUGGCGACAAAAGUUGUAGACCCUAAACCAUGGGCUAACCUAUUUCAGAAGAACAGAUCUGUAGCAAAUGGUAUGUCCCUAUCAUAUAUCCCUCCGGAAAUUGUCGAUGGCCACGUAGUUGUCCAAUUGGACAAAGAAGAGGUUGAAUCUGAGACUGAGAAGUGGAAAUGUGCAUUAAUUGCUUACAUUUUAGGUGAUACGACGGGAUAUAAUACUAUGAAGAGAUAUAUAAAUGUUAAUUGGGCAGGUGUGAGGGAACCAGAUGUAUUUCUCCAUGAGGAAGGAUACUAUAUCAUCAGAUUUCAUUCGGAGGCAGAUAUGAAAGAGAUCUACUAUUCUGGACCUUAUACCAUUAAUAAUAGACCUAUAAUUUUGAAGCCUUGGACCUCAGACUUUGAUUUUAAAGAGAAAUUUCCCACGGAAAUUCCCCUGUGGGUUAAUUUUCCAAAAUUACCUUUGAAUUGCUGGGGAGUGAACUUAUUGAGUAGAAUAGCAAGUGCAAUUGGAACUCCUAUUUUUGUUGAUGAAUGCACAACUAAGAAAACUAGAAUCUCAUAUGCCAAAAUGUUGAUAGAGGUUAAUGUGACUAAACCAUUACGUGGUGAAGUCUGGGUUAGAGAUCCAAAGGAGAAACAAUUCCUGCAAGAUGUUUACUAUGAGUGGAAACCUAAAUUUUGUGAGAAUUGUCAAAAGGUUGGCCACUCAUGUGCUCCUCAUGGUGCUGGUAAUAAGCAGGAUAUUAAGCAACAGAUUAACCAAAAGGGGAAAGCAAGGGAACCUAAGAAAGUGACUAUGGAAUGGAGAACUAAAGGCAAGGAACAGCAAAAUGAUACUCCACCUGUACAAGCUAUGCCAGCUGACCAACAGAGACAACAACAGACAUCAGAGGUCCAGCAAAUGCCAAACAUUUCAACAAGCUCCAGGCCGGAAAAUAGCCAAGGACAACCUGAGACUAUGCCUCCAAGUAGUCCAACUAAGGUUAUGCUGAGUAACAACAAUCGAGGGAAGCAAGUGGAAAGCAGCCCUGAGUUUAAUUUGGCAAGUUUUCCUUUGUUGUCUGCUGUGAAAUUGAGAAAUCCUUUUGAGGGGAAGUGGACAUUUAACAUGCUGACUAAUUGGCUAUUCUGGAAUGUGAGGGGAGUCAAUAAGAGGUAUAAACAGAAGGAAUUGGCUAACUAUAUCAGAAAUAGAAAUGUUAAGUUAGAUGGCCUAAUGGAAACAAGAGUGAAAGAGCAAAAUUUCAAGAGAAUCACCAAAGCUAUAACUCCUGAUUGGGAAGGGAUAAACAACUAUCAAUAUGCUCAGAAUGGUAGGGUGUGGGUGCUAUGGGAUCCAAGAUGGUAUAGUGUGAAGUUAAUAAAGGCUGGGGCUCAAUAUGUUCAUUAUCAACUUACAGACAACUUAGGGAAGAUAGACUGCUUAAUAACAGUAGUCUAUGGAUACAAUACAAUUGAGAAAAGGAGAGCACUAUGGUCAGACAUUCAUAUCCUGGCUGCAAACAUAACCACUCCUUGGCUAAUUGGAGGAGACUUCAAUGCAGUGCUAUAUUCUCAAGAUAGACUAAUGGGUAAUCCUAUAACAUAUGCUGAAACUCAAGACUUUGCCAGCUGCAUCCAGACUCUGCAGUUGAAUGAAUUGAUAUGGAAGGGUGAUUACUACAGUUGGUCAAACAAACAAGAUGGACCUGACAGAAUCAGUAGCAGAAUUGAUAGGAUGUUUGGAAACUUUGAAUGGAUGAUGCAGUGGGGACAGGAAUUUAGAUCUAUUACUGUCAAGAUUAACAGGGCUCGUGGUGAACUUCAAGAUAUACAAGAGAAGAUUAUCACAAAUUAUAAUGAUGGCCUUCUGGAACAGGAGAGAACUGCCCUCCACCAGCUGGAGAAAUGGUCUCUUAUAGAGGAAAGUGUCCUAAAACAAAAAUCAAGAGCAAGGUGGAUUAAGCUUGGGGACUCUAACUCUAAGUACUUUUCUGCUAUGCUAAAGGAAAGGAAUCAAAGGAAGCAGAUUAAGGAACUCACAUCUCUAGAUGGGCAGCAGUUGAAUGAUGCUGACAUGAUCAAACAUGAAAUUAUGGAGUUCUACAAAUCACUGAUGGGAACUGCAACACUAAAUCUACCUGCCAUAAACAGGGAGAUCAUGAAGCAAGGACCUAUGUUAUUCCAACAACAAAGAAGUCAGCCAAUUGCAGAAAUCUCAAAUCAAGAGAUCUUUGAAGGAUUGCAGAGUAUUGGGGAUGACAAAUCACCAGGAGUAGAUGGUUUCAAUGCAUACUUUUUCAAGAAAACAUGGCCUAUUACCAAGGAAGAGAUUUGUGCAGCUGUCAAAGAAUUCUUUACUGCUGUCACUGUGAAAGAUUUUAGACCAAUUGCUUGUUGUACCUUGCUCUAUAAGAUGAUUUCUAAGGUAUUAGCAGCAAGAUUACAGAAGGUUAUUGCUAGCAUCAUUAGUGAAAAUCAGGCAAGAUUUAUACCUGGGAGGAGAAUUGCAGACAACAUCAUAAUGGCACAUGAAUUGGUUAAAGCUUAUACAAGGAAGCACAUCUCAGAUAGGUGUAUGAUUAAGAUAGACUUACAGAAAGCCUAUGAUUCAGUGGAGUGGAUCUACUUGGAGCAGGUAAUGGAGAAUUUGGGUUUUCCUACUCAAUUCACUAGCUGGAUUAUGGAGUGUGUCAAGACAGUCAAUUACACCAUCUUGAUUAAUGGAGAGACUACUACCCCUUUUGAUGCAAAGAAAGGACUUAGGCAAGGGGAUCCUAUGUCCCCCUUUCUAUUUGCUAUUGUAAUGGAAUAUCUAAGUAGGAGUCUACAUGGCCUAAAAGGGGAAAAAGAUUUCAGAUACCAUCCAAAAUGCGCAAGACUUGGUAUCACACACUUAAGCUUUGCUGAUGACUUAUUGCUAUUUGCAAGAGGAGACCUAUCAUCAGUGAAGGCCAUGCAUAGAUGCUUCAAACAGUUUGCUCAAGCCUCAAGAUUGCAAGCAAAUAUGGGGAAAAGUUCAGUGUACUUUGGAGGAGUAUCAAGAGAUGAAAGAGCUAAAAUUCUGCAUCUUCUGGGAUAUGGACAAGGGGAGAUGCCUUUUAAAUAUUUAGGCAUUCCCCUGUCAACAAAAAUGAUAACAAUGAUUCAAUGGCAGCCACUCAUCCAGAAAAUAGUAGCAAGGAUAUCUUCAUAG